UCCAAAGCACCCCCAUAUGAUGUGGCCAUAUCCCUUCUCUCAUUCCCAUUAUCCUGGAAAGGGUUAUCCCACAGCCGAGCCAGCGGAGGAAUCUUCUACAGAUGUCCAAGCACCAAACCAGAACCCUCAAUUUCCAAAGCACCCCCAUAUGAUGUGGCCAUAUCCCACAGCUAAGCCAGCGGAGGAGUCCUCUACAGAUGGCCAAGCACCAAACCAGAAGCCUCAAUUUCCAAAGCACCCCCAUAUGAUGUGGCCAUAUCCCUACUCUCAUUCCCAUUAUCCUGGCAAGGGUUAUCCCACAGCCGAGCCAGCGGAGGAAUCUUCUACAGAUGUCCAAGCACCAAACCAGAAGCCUCAAUUUGCAAAGCACCCCCAUAUGAUGUGGCCAUAUCCCUUCUCUCAUUCCCAUUAUCCUGGAAAGCGUUAUCCCACAGCUGAGCCAGCGGAGGAGUCCUCUACAGAUGGCCAAGCACCAAACCAGAACCCUCAAUUUCCAAAGCGCCCCCAUAUGAUGUGGCCAUAUCCCUACUCUCAUUCCCAUUAUCCUGGAAAGCGUUAUCCCACAGCUGAGCCAGCGGAGGAGUCCUCUACAGAUGGCCAAGCACCAAACCAGAACCCUCAAUUUCCAAAGCGCCCCCAUAUGAUGUGGCCAUAUCCCUACUCUCAUUCCCAUUAUCCUGGAAAGCGUUAUCCCACAGCUGAGCCAGCGGAGGAGUCCUCUACAGAUGGCCAAGCACCAAACCAGAACCCUCAAUUUCCAAAGCGCCCCCAUAUGAUGUGGCCAUAUCCCUACUCUCAUUCCCAUUAUCCUGGAAAGCGUUAUCCCACAGCUGAGCCAGCGGAGGAGUCCUCUACAGAUGGCCAAGCACCAAACCAGAACCCUCAAUUUCCAAAGCGCCCCCAUAUGAUGUGGCCAUAUCCCUACUCUCAUUCCCAUUAUCCUGGAAAGCGUUAUCCCACAGCUGAGCCAGCGGAGGAGUCCUCUACAGAUGGCCAAGCACCAAACCAGAAGCCUCAAUUUCCAAAGCACCCCCAUGUGAUGUGGCCAUAUCCCUACUCCCUUCCCCAUUAUCCUGGCAAGGGUUAUCCCACAGCCGAGCCAGCGGAGGAAUCUUCUACAGAUGUCCAAGCACCAAACCAGAAGCCUCAAUUUGCAAAGCACCCCCAUAUGAUGUGGCCAUAUCCCUUCUCUCAUUCCCAUUAUCCUGGUAAGGGAUAUCCCACAGUUGAGCCAGCGGAGGAGUCUUCUACAGAUGUCCAAGCACCAAACCAGAACCCUCAAUUUCCAAAACAGCCCCAUAUGAUGUGGCCAUAUUACUACCCCGAUUAUCAUGGCAAACCAACUCCCACUUUGAAACCAGCUCCAGCCAUGGCCGCUUCUGCCCCACCAGAUUCACCCUCAAUAACCCAGAAACCGCAACCCCUAGUGUACCCUGGAAGUCUAUUCCCUCAGCAUAGCCAUUACCCUCUUUAUUUGCAACAGUUUUAUCCACAAUACCCAGUGCAGCCUCCGAAAACCCCUACCGCAUCACCUAUAACCACCACUCCUCAACCCUGUACUACAACUGCAGCUGCGGAAUGCAAACCUUCUGCCAACCAGCCUCCCAAAGAGCCACCCCGAUAUUAUAAACCACCCAAUUAUACGAGUUAUGAAAAAGACCCCUUCGCUCUUAAAUUUGUGUAUUUUUCCGAAUUGGAUCCCAAGUCUUUCCCAUGAAAUUAAUGAGGACUGAGGAUAGCUAUUUAGAAUUAGGUUGGUAAUGUGCUGCAUGUGACUUUGAGAAAGAUUGCCUCCUGAUUUAAUGCUAAUAUGUUGUGUAUGGGGUGACUGCAAAAAGUGACUCCUGCUCAUUCAUUUUGUCCUUUGUUCUCUCAAACGAUUCAAUAAAUCAAAUGUGGUCAAAUGUC